AAAAAUUUCUGGCGUAUGACUUAUCGUCGGAUUACAAAACAUGCAAUAACGGUUAUGUUUAUAUAAAUAGCUACAAACAAAACAAUUGUUUCUGGUUUAUAAAGGAAAUGCAUUGCACUUUGUCUUCAUUAUAAGAGAAUAAUCGGACACAUUUCUAGUGAAAAUGAAAAUGCGUUUCAAUCACAUAUAUUAUUUUCUCUAUUUCACACUUUAUUACACCUUCGCCAUUUCUUCUCCAGUAGAAAAAGACUUAAGAGAUGUUAAAGAGGAAGAAAAGCCUUUAACAAAAGAAGUCACUGUAUCAGACAUGGAGGGGAUAAAUAAGGUUCGCGUAAAACGACAAAGUGGAGCAGGGAAAUAUACGGAAGCCGCUAAAAUGCCAAAGGUGAAACAGAUGAGGCUUUUCUUGCAGUUGUUCAAGAAUUUUUGGGACGCUGCAUACAUAGGUGGUUCACAUCCCUUUCAUCCCAACAUACCUAAAGCGGCGAUCGCGUUGUAUAAACAGAAAAUAGUGGAGUUCUUUGUCCCCGAUGUCGGAAGAGACCCCAACAAAGAAAUGGCCUAGUUAUUAUAAUAAUUAUAAUAAAAUUGUUUUACAAUUAUAUUUUGUAAAUAUAUUUUAUAUUACGUU